ACUGGAUAUCACAUCACAUCCCCGCAGCCCCAAGACGUUUCCUUUAGCAUUCAGCUGUUCUCAGUGACUGGCAGCUUGACGGUGUGUGCGAGUGUGUGUGCUGAUAGACUCCAGCAGCAUGUUGCCACCUGUGAAGAAGGACAGGGUCAUUACACAGCUACCAAGGUGUUUUAGUCCAAAUGCGGCGCUGCACACCAAAGAUAGCUUCCACCCACAGGUGAAGGCUGUGUGCCAGGUACAGAAGACGGGUACGCUGAACUUCAAUAUUGCCAAGGUCAUCGUAGUGGGAGAUGUCGCAGUCGGGAAAACAUGUCUCAUCAGCAGGUUUCGUAAGGGUGUGUUUGACAAGAACUACAAAGCAACCAUAGGGGUGGAUUUCGAGAUGGAGCGUUUCGAGGUGCUCGGUGUUCCGUUCAGUUUACAGCUGUGGGACACAGCCGGUCAGGAGCGUUUCAAAUGCAUCGCUUCAACGUAUUACAGAGGAGCACAAGCCAUUAUAGUGGUGUUUGAUUUAAGCAGUGUGAGCUCUUUAGCACAUGCCAGGCAGUGGUUGGAAGACGCCAUGAAGGAAAACGACCCAUCCAGUGUUUUACUGUUCCUCGUUGGUACCAAGAAGGACCUCAGUUCUCCUGAGCAGCUGUAUCAGACAGAGCAGGAAGCCAUCAGACUGUCUGAGGAAAUCAAAGCAGAGUACUGGGCUGUGUCUGCAAAGUCAGGAGAUGGCGUCAAUGAUUUCUUCUUCCGCGUGGCAUCGCUGACUUUUGAGGCCAACGUCUUGUCCGAGUUGGAGAAAAGCGGCUCGAGACAUGUCGGCGACAUUAUCAGGCUCACAGACAGCACAGAGGCUGAUCACCCACCCGCCAAGAGGAAACCCAACUGUUGCUGAUGAGAGAUGAGGGACCUGAACUCUGGUCUCGAUACACUGCACCAACUACACAGCGACACAAAAUUAAACUGAGACAAGGACUCAGUGUUCUCAGUGUGGAUAUCGUGGAUAGACUCGAGACUAGAGAUGUCAUGUCAACUAAAUAUGGUGGUCUGCAAAUGGCCUGAGAGGGACUGGUACGCUUGACAUAACAAAGUCUAAGCUGAGGCUGUAAACAAGACGUCAGGCAACAGAUUGACCAGCUUUGUGACCUCAGGAAUGUUUGUGCUGCUGCCCAGGGUUAAAACAAGUAAAGCCUUGUGAUAUGCUUGAACCUUUUCAUAAAAACAUGUCUGUCCGUUUGUCUGAAGCAACAAUUUUCCUGUCCUGUCAUUGGAGAAAUUGUUAGUAACAGACUGAAUGCAUUUAUUUCGGUUUCCGCA